AUGGAAAUCAGUACAAAAGCAAAACAAAUAAAACCAAAGAAAAUCAACGAUAAAAAAUCUAAAAAAGAAAAGCCAAUGUUGAUUUCAAAAUUUUCCAAUGCAUUACGAUUGAUAGAAGUUAGAGUACCAAAUUACACAGUAAAAGAUAAUGUCGUACGACUUGAAUGUAUUUAUGAUAUGGAAGAUGAAAAGUUAUAUUCGGUAAAAUGGUAUAAAGAUGGACAUGAAUUUUAUAGAUAUUUACCGCGUGACCACCCACCAGCAACGUUAUUUCCACUUCCAGGAAUAAAUGUUGAUCUUUUCAACUCAACGGAUAUCCAAGUUGUACUACAAUCUGUAAAUCUCGCAUCAUCAGGAAGAUACCGAUGUGAAAUAUCUGGUGAAGCACCAAUGUUUCAGACUGUAAGCGAUACCGGAGAUAUGGUUGUUGUAGUUUUGCCAGAGACUGACCCUAAAAUAACAGGUGGCCGAGCCAGAUAUCAAAUUAAUGAUAAAGUUAACGUAAAUUGUACGUCUGGGAGGUCAAAACCAGCUGUUAAACUAACAUGGUUUAUCAAUGGAGUUCCAGCACACUCAGAGAUAAUCAGGCAUUAUAAACCUAUUAAGACUGGCCGUGAAGGUCUAGAACAAACUGUCCUGAACCUAAAAUUUUACGUUCAACAACAUCACUUUAAGAAUGGUGAUAUGAAAUUAAAGUGUUUGGGUGUAAUUGAAUCAAUAUACUACAAAAGUAAUGAAGAGAGCGUUAUUGGAGACAAACAAAAAGCUUCCAUUAUGGAAUCGAAAAAACCAUUAUCAGCAACAUCAACAUCUAAUACCAGAGCUGACAGAGUUCAUGCAAAUUCAUCAAGAAAUCUACAACUAUCACAUCAAUUUUUAAUUUUAAAUUUACUAUUCCUCUUUUUCUUUCUGCAACAACGAUAUAAUUUAAGAUAACUAUAAAAUUAUUUUAAAAGUGCAAUGAAAUUUUAAUAAUUUAUAAAAGGAAGUGCUUAAAUCAAAUUUUUAAAGAAACGGUACGAGUCAUAAAUUUCUGUUGCAAUAAGUUUAAAAAGUCAAAAUCCAAAAAUUUUAAUUUAGUUGAAUCUGAGAAAAAGAAGUCAAAAAAAAGUUCUAAUGUAAAUAAUUUAAAUACGACAAACAGUAAAUUAAAAUCAAAAUUUUUUUAAAAAAUAUUCAUAAAUCAGAUUAAAAGAAAAUUUAAUGUAAAUUCUUACAAAGAGUUUUAUUAACUGGUAAAAGAAAAAUUUAAUUUUUCUGCAUGAUGCAUAUAGAUAAUUCAAUAGUUUGUUUAUGAAGUUAGCUUUUCGAGAUUUUAU